GGGCGCUGCUGUGUCACGGGGAAGUGCCAUGUUUGCGGAAGUUUGGCUGCAGUUGCUAACCAAAUAAAUUGACAUCUUUAUUCGCGGAUACUGCGCUGAGCUGUAGUUUGUGAUCUAAAAUGAAUCUACCGAAAGGACCAGAUUCUCUGUGUUUCGAUAAAGAUGUUUUUAUGAAGGAUGACUUUGAUGUCGACCAGUUUGUGGCUGAAUGUCGGAAGCAGGUCCAGCUGGAGGAGAUGAGAGAAGACCUGGAGCUGUACUACAAACUGCUAAAAACAGCCAUGGUGGAGCUCAUCAACAAGGAUUAUGCAGAUUUUGUCAACCUCUCCACCAACCUGGUUGGAAUGGACAAAGCGCUCAAUCAACUUUCUGUGCCAUUGGGCCAGUUACGGGAGGAGGUUAUGAGUCUGCGUUCCUGUGUGAGUGAAGUAAUACAGGCCAUCGAUAACCAGCUGUCCAAACAGGAAGACCUACAGAAAAAAAAGGUAUGCGUGCUGAGGCUGAUUCAAGUGGUUCGCUCAGUGGAGAAGAUUGAGAAGAUUCUUCACUCACAGAGCUCAAAGGACUCCAAUCCUCUGGAAAACAGCAGCCCUUUGUUAGCAGGUCAGAUCCUGGAGAGGAUUGCCACAGAAUUCAACCAGCUUCAGUUUCACGCUGUGCAAAGCAAAGGCAUGCCAUUGCUGGAUAAAGUCAGACCUCGUAUUGCAGGGAUCACCUCGAUGCUGCAGCAGUCUCUGGAAGGUCUGUUGAUUGAGGGUCUGCAGACAUCCAAUGUGGACAUGGUGCGCCACUGCCUGAGGACGUAUGCUACCAUAGACAAAACUCGAGAUGCUGAAGCUUUAGUGGGACAAGUUCUGGUUAAACCAUACAUGGACCAGGUUAUAGUUGAAGAAGCAGUGAAGUCCAAUCCAAGCGGUCUUCAGAUGAUGUACUCCAGACUGUUGGACUUUGUUCCUCAUCAUUGUAGACUGCUUAGAGAGGUGACUGGGGGAGCCAUAUCCAGUGACAAGGCCGAUACAGUUCCAGGAUAUGAUUUCCUGGUGAACUCUGUGUGGCCAGAGAUGAUUAAGGGAAUAGAGGAAAGGUUGGCUUACAUCUUCAACCCUGGAAACCCAGAGAUAUUCUAUGAGCGCUACAGCGUUAGCAUGGACUUUGUUCGCCGCUUUGAACAACAGUGCAGUUCACAGGCGAGUGUGAAGAGACUAAGAGUUCAUCCCUCGUAUACAAGCUUCAACAACAAAUGGAACCUGCCCGUCUACUUUCAGCUACGGUACAGAGAGAUAGCUGGAUGGCUGGAGAAUACCAUAAGUGAAGGAUUAGAAGCAGCACCAGCUGGUAGUUCGUUCCACCUGCAAGUUUCUGAGGUUUUGUGGUCCUGCUUGGUAAGGUGCUGGUCAGACAAGGUGUAUCUGUCACCCUUGGCUCAUCGCUUCUGGAAGCUGACGCUGCAGCUGUACUCACGAUAUGCCAAGUUUCUGGAAGAGGUGUUAACAAAAACUCCUACCCCUGAGGCUCCAAAGGAGCCGACCAGGCCUCUACCGAGCUCGGCCUCCUCCACGUCUAGCCGCACGUCGAUGGAUGAAGGCGGCAGUGAGAGCGGAGGCCCAGCGUCUCUCUCCACAAAACAGCUGGUUUAUAUCGCUGCUGACAUUCAGAGGCUGCAGGAGAAGAUACCAGAAUUGUCAGAGCUGGUCAGGCAGCGAUUAGAGGCUCUGGGGAUGAAAAACUUUGCUGUUGUUGAAGACGCUCUCUCAGACUCUAAGGCCAGCCUGUCGAGCAGUAUUCCAUCUCUGAACACCAAGAUGACGCAGCAUCUGACUGAACGCUGCUGCCGCUUUCUGAAAAGUGCCUCAGAGGUUCCACGACUCUACCGCAGGACCAAUAAAGAUUUGCCAGUACGUGCAUCAGCAUAUAUGGACAACGCUUUACGGCCAUUACACCAGCUCCUAACAGACUCAACAGGCCUGGUCAACCCCAAAACAGCAGAAGAAUGGCUCAGAGUUACGCUGUGUGACUGCACACAGAAGUACUAUGAGACCAUCUCAGAGGUGCUCAGCUCGGUGAAAAAGAUGGAAGACAGUCUGAAACGUCUGAAACAAGCCAGAAAGGGUGCAACAACUGCUGUUACAACAGGAGCCAAUGGUGGACCAACAGAUGACAGCAAGAUUCGCCUUCAGCUGGCCUUGGAUGUUGAAUAUUUGGGCGAACAGAUCCAGAAAAUUGGCCUCCAGCCGACUGACAUCUCCAUGUUCUCCACCCUGAUGGAGCUUGUGAAAGAGGCUCGAGAGCUCGCAGAACAAAGCCAGUAGAACCUUCACUCUAAAAUGACGAUAAACAUCCUGCACACCUCUAAAGUCUCUCGAGAUGUGGAAAUGUAAAAGUUUUAUCUGGUGUAGGUGGAGGUGGUUCCCCUAGAACCACAGAGGAACAGACUUUCCCGUUGGCCACAUAAAUACAAGAGAUGGAAUGUUACUGCAGGAUCAUAUAUACUACUGUAUAGUGUAUUUGCUCUUUACAAACUACUUGAAAGAUCACCUUUUUGGGUUUAUAAUAUGUAAAAAGAAUUUUAUUUGUAAAUAUUAAAAUCUGUAACAGCUUGUUUAUGUAAUUUCUGUUUAAUCUGAAUGGAAUGAUUUUGGUGUUGAGGAAUAAUCAGAAAUGAAAACUAAGGACUAAAUCAAGAAUUUAGGAAUAAAGUGAAAUGUUUAUCUCAUGA